CUUCUUUCCUUCUUCAGAUCCCCCCACCAUCUCCCUCGCUCUCUCUCUCUCUCUCUCUCUGUCUCUGUGGGAGGAGUUAUUUUCUGGGCUGUACUUCGUUGUCUUGUCGAGCUUUCCUCUGGUGGUGGAUGGCCAGAACCAACAAGUACAGUUCCAUCAACUUCAACGACGUCUACGAGAAGAAGAUCUCCUCCUCCUCCUCCUCCAACCCCACCAAAACCCAAUCUUCCAAGCCUUCUUCUUCUUCGUCUUACUCGUCUGCAGCAUCGCCCUAUAAUGCCCUCACCAGCAGCAGUCCCUACAAGGCCCACCUCACCCAGGGUCGCAUGCUCGUCCUGACCCGACCCACCCCCGCACCCGCACCCGCACCCGCACCCGCACCCGCGCCCAAACCCAUCGCCGCCCCCCCUCCUCGUCCUCAGCCGGCCCCGUCGCCUCUCCCCGCCCAGAGCCGGCCCGAACCGGACUCGGACCCGGACCCCAUCUCCCUGCGCCCACUUGGUCGGACCGGAGCCGGUGCGGCGCUCCCUUCUCCGGUCCCGGCGCUCGAGAGGGACAAGGAGGCCUUGUCCGCUGCGACGUCGCCGAAGCCGGACAAGUUCGUCCCGCCGCACCUUAGGCCGGGCUUCGCGGGGAAGGAGGAGAGGCCCGGAGCGGACGUCCAGAAGCAGACCGGGUUCCGGGGAGGGGAGCCGGUCCAGAGGCAGCAGGGGUAUUACGGAUCUCCCGGUCCGUAUGGAGAGGAUGGGCGGCCCAAAUCGGGGGGCGGCUACGAGGGGAUGAGGAGAGGCGGCCAGACGGAUCUGAACCGGACGAGCUCGUUUGGGAAUAGGCCGAGUUCGAGCGGAUGAUGUGAUGUGGGAUUCUUGUCAAGGAUCAAAAUUGGAACUUUACUGAAGCUGGAGAUGCGUUCUUCAUCCUGAUGGUCCAGGCUUAAUUAUCUCUACAACCGGCUGCAGUAUUCCAUACAGCCCCAGUUAAAUGAAGUUGGAUUGAAUCAUCUGACCCAGUGUCACCUCAUGACAAACAUUGUUUAGUACAUCUUUAGAUUGAUCUGUAGAAAAAGAUGCUCGAGACUCCAGGUCUCCAUCUCGCCCCUGUGUGGGCUCUGUUUAGUGUUUACAUGAUGACACGGACAAAGGUGCAAAUGAAUUAUAAGAUUUGUUUUUACUGUUUUAUGUGUU